AUGAAAUUAUCAAUUAUUUUUAUUUUAUUAUUACAAUUGUUGAGUGUAACUAUUAAUGUUGCACAUAGCGAUACACCACCAUCCGAUAUAUACAGUGCAUCGAAAUCAUUUGAUUUCCUCUUGCUUUCGUAUGCAUCCUAUUGUCCAGCCAACGAAAUUGCCGCCUGGAAUUGCUCAAGAUGUAUAAGCCAAGUAUAUCCAGCCAUCACUGACAUCCAAGUAAUCUAUGCAGUAACUACCGAUACCCAAGCAUUCGUUGGUGUUUACAAUAACCAAGUUGACAACCACCCAAUAUUAAUAUUAUCCGAAAAAAACAAACUAGUUUUCGUUGCAUUCAGAGGUUCCAUGGAUAUUGCAAGUUGGAUCACCAAUUUGAAAUUCCUUCAAACUCCAUAUCCAAAGGCUAAAGGUGCUAUGGUUCACAUCGGAUUCUACCAAGCAUGGCUAAGCGUACAACCACAAGUCGAAGCCGCCUUGACCUCUGCUCUCAAGUCAUGUCCAACUUGCACAUCGAUUGUGGUCACCGGUCAUUCUUUGGGUGCUGCUAUUUCCACUUUGUGUAUGGCCGAUGUUAUCGAACUGUUCCCAAAUGUACCAACGGAAUUGAUUAACUUUGGAUCACCAAGAGUCGGUAACUCGGCGUUUUCCAACUACUUCAAUUCAAUCCAACCAAAUACAUGGAGAGUAACCAACCAGAAGGAUCUCGUGCCACACGUUCCACCACAAGUCGGUAUCGAAUUCUACGAGCAUGUCACCAACGAACUGUGGUACUUUAACAGCACCAUUAAUUACGAGGUCUGCCAGAGCAUUGGAGAGGAUCCAUAUUGCUCAGACUCUGUCAACCCAUUGGAAUACAGCAUCUACGAUCAUCUCCACUACUAUGGUGAAGAUAUGACAGCAGAGAAAAUAGUAAUAGGUAUUUGGGGAACUGCUCUUUUGACAUCACCUUUCUGGGGCAUGCCAGUACUAUUGGCAACCUGUAUGAUGAACGAUGCAAAUCAAGGAAAGAGAAUGGAAAGAGCUCAACUAGGAUGUUUAGUUUCAUUAUUUUCAGCACCUAUAGUGUUAUCUAUUUCAUUAUACAAGACAUAUUAUAAUGGUUACUCUCAUACCUUUGCAUUCUUACCAUUACUUCCAUUGGCAUCUUAUAUUUCACUUUUAUUCAUUGGUUUCUCAAAAAAGAAACAAUAA